AUGUCGGAACAAAGUAAGGAUCUGGGCGACCCCAGCUAUGCAGCUGAAAUCUCCCACUCCGAGGUGUGCAGUAGCCCUGGGAUCCCAAUGGAGGCUCCUCUGCCAGUCUCUCAGGCAGCGACUCUCGCAGAGCCACAGAACCUUCCUCCUAGACCGAUGGACGCAAAGCAGGCCUCACCGCAGCCCCAGGCCCUAAGCGACAAGGGGGACGCAAAGGCCCUGCAGCGGGCGGCAGAAGAAGGCCGCGCCCGCCAGGCCCUGAGUGCGUCUCCGGCCCAGCCUGGCCCAGCACCGCCAGCCCCUGCCCAGCUGGUUCAGAAAGCUCAUGAGCUCAUGUGGUAUGUGCUUGUCAAGGACCAAAAGAAGAUGAUCAUAUGGUUCCCAGAUAUGGUGAAGGAUGUCAUCGGUAGCUACAAGAAAUGGUGCAGGAGCAUUCUUAGGCGUACAAGCCUCAUCCUCGCCCGAGUGUUCGGGCUACACCUGAGGCUGACCAGUCUGCAUACGAUGGAGUUUUCACUAGUCAAAGCACUGGAGCCUGAGGAGCUGGACAGGAUGGCGCUGAGCAACCACAUGCCCAUGACAGGUCUCCUGCUGAUGAUCCUCAGCCUCAUCUACGUGAAGGGCCGCGGUGCUAGAGAGAGUGCAGUCUGGAAUGUGCUGCGCAUUCUGGGCCUUAGGCCCUGGAAGAAGCAUUCCACUUUUGGGGAUGUAAGAAAGCUCAUUACCGAGGAGUUUGUUCAGCAAAAUUACCUGAAGUACCAGCGCGUACCACACGUUGAGCCACCUGAGUAUGAGUUCUUCUGGGGCGCCAGAGCAACCCGUGAAAUUACCAAGAUGCAAAUCAUGGAGUUUCUGGCCAGGGUCUUUAAAAAAGACCCCCAGGCUUGGCCUUCCCGGUACAGAGAAGCUCUUGAGGAAGCUAGAGCCCUGCGGGAGGCUGACACCAUUGUCCACUACCCACGAAGCAGCGUUUCUGAGGAUUAG